CUUCCUCCCCCCCCCCCCCCCUCCGCCUCUUCCUGGCCGCGGCGAGAGGAGCUGCGCUGGCAGCGGGGAGGCGGCGGAGCCCGGCUGCCGGCCCGCCAUGGCGAUCCGCAAGAAGAGCAACAAGAACCCGCCGGUGCUGAGCCACGAGUUCGUCGUGCAGAACCACGCCGACAUCGUGUCCUGCAUGGCCAUGAUCUUCCUGCUGGGGCUCAUGUUCGAGAUUACAGCAAAAGCAGCUGUCAUUUUUGUUACACUUCAGUAUAAUGUUACCAUUCCUGCCACAGAAGAACAAUCUUCAGAAACAAUCUCUCUGUAUCAUUAUGGUAUCAAGGACUUGGCUACAAUUUUCUUUUACAUGCUUGUAGCAAUAAUCAUACAUGCUAUUAUUCAGGAGUACGUAUUGGAUAAAAUUAACAGGAAAAUGCACUUUUCAAAAACAAAGCAUAGCAAGUUCAAUGAGUCUGGGCAACUUAGUGCAUUCUACCUUUUCUCCUGUGUUUGGGGCACAAGCAUUCUUGUCUCUGAGAACUAUAUAUCAGAUCCAACCUCUCUGUGGAGGGACUACCCACACACUCUGAUUCCGUUUCAAAUGAAGUUUUUCUACAUCUUACAGUUGGCAUACUGGUUUCAUGCUUUUCCAGAAUUGUACUUCCAGAAAACCAAAAAAGAGGAUAUCUUUCGCCAAAUUGUAUACAUCGGACUUUAUCUCUUUCAUAUUGCUGGAGCCUAUCUCCUAAAUCUGACCCAUCUUGGACUUGUUCUUCUGGUAUUGCAUUACUUCGUUGAAUUUCUUUUCCACAUAUCCCGUCUUUUCUACUUCAGUGAUGAAAGAUACCAGAAAGGAUUUUCACUGUGGGCAGUUCUUUUUGUUUUGGGAAGGCUUCUCACCUUGAUACUUUCAGUCCUCACUUUUGGCUUUGGACUGGCAAGAGCAGAAGAUCAACAGCUGAAUUUCAGUACUGGAAACUUUAACAUCCUGGCUGUUAGAAUCAGUGUGCUGGCCUCCAUCUGCAUGGCUCAAGCAUUUAUGAUGUGGAAGUUCAUUAAUUUCCAGCUUCGGAGAUGGAGAGAACAUUCUUCUUCCCAGCCUCAGACAGUGAAAAAGAAGUUUGUAACGGCUAAAGGAAAGACCUCCAGAAAAGAAAGAGAAAAUGGAAUAAAUGGAACAGUGACCUCAAAUGGAGCAGACUCGCCUCGCAGCAGGAAGGAUAAAUCCUCGUAAAACUGGGUUUUAUUAAGUUAAUUGACUAAUGUCCCCAAAGAAUCUGCUUUUUACAUGGAUGGCCCUUCAGCACUAGAGAUGUUAUAGAUUAAAGAAAAUACAAAUCAUGUUUUUUGAUUAUUGCUAUUGUUUUGUGAAACUUUUUUUAAAAGCCAUUUUGACUAAGAAAAAAAGGUUUAUCUGUCUACAAACACUUUGGGGGGGGUGGGGGGGUCACAACACUUUUUAAAUAACAUUGACACUUUUUUAAACACUUACUGUGAUGAUAACUUCACUUAAUGAGGAUCACUGAUGCAAUGUAUUAUUUCUUUCCAGUUUUUGUAAUAUUGGUGAUAUAUACUGUUUACCAACUUCACUUUUUCCAAGUUCUUCAAGAAGUAUUGCAAAAUCAAGUGAAAACUUAGUGUGCAUUUGCAGAUAUUCUAGCUUUUCGGUUAAUUACCUUGAUUCAAAUUCACAAUUCAAAUUGGAAUUCUAAGACCACACCAGUAAACCUUUUUAUUUUGUAGUUAUUGGCUACACAAUGUCUGCUCUAAGAACUGCCCCAUAUCAUUAAAACAAAACUGAACUAAUUGGAAAUGUUGCAGAGUCUUAUUGCUUGUUGGUUAGAAAUAUCCUUAAAGGAACAAAAAACCUUUCUGAGAUACAGCUUUAGCACUUGAAAAUUAGAAGGGAAAGUGCAUGUCAUUGAAAGUGUUCAUUUGAGUAGCACUGUUAACUCCCGUCUGUGCUUUUAAAAGUGUACAUAUCUUGGAGAAUUGGUGUGCGUUGGACCUUCUUUGAAAACUUGUCUUUCUGAUUUUAGAGGGUGGAGGUUCUUACAGUGUGUCGUUGUGCUUGUCCUAGGAGGCAUUUAAUGCUCUGUGAAGAGGGAAUUUGUUAGAUAAAUGGAUCAAGUUUUGACAAACAUUCCUUUAUUCUAACUGCUUUGCUUUGUUUUACCUCUGUUAGGAAAUAGUUUGAUUUCUCCUAUAUAUAUUUUUAUGAAAGAAUAUUUAAAAGCUACAACUUCUUAAAACUGGUUUAUUGUGCCCUUUGCUACAGCUGGAAAAAUCUUAAUUUAAGAUUUUUUCCAUUAUCUGUCUUUCAUAAUGGUAUUAAAUGUGAAGCCUUGUCCAGUUGAUUUUCCAGUUUAAUAUGCAGUUAAUGUUUUUCCUCUGUAUCCUUUUGUAAUGGGAGUAAUUCAACUUGGGAAUGAGUUAAAGAUUUUUAUUCAGUCUUAAGAAGUUGCUAAAUCAGGCUUUCAAGUUAACCCAAGUAUUAGACUGCUUAUUGAUUGAGUAGGAGUAAUUAUAAGCAAUCAACCUGAUAAAUAAAAUAGUUUAAUUAAAACUGUUACUAUAGUUUAGUUUAUACCCCAAAAAAUAAUAAAUCUGCAUUCUGUAUCUUAUACAGUUUGGUUGCUUACUAUACAGAAUAAACAUUUCUAGUACAAAAUCUUGACUACAUGUAACUAUCCAUUCUUCAAUCAUAUAGUGCUAUUUAGAGUUAUUACAGUAUAAUUUAUUACAUGUUUCAGCUAAUUUAAGUCACAGUUCUUGAGUGCUUGCUUCACAGCUCCUGAAGUGGACUUGACAGAAUUGGACUUGCUUAACUUGAGAGCUCUGGGGCAGCAUGCCCUGCAAUACACCCAGUCUGCUUCAGUAGAAAUAGUUAUAUCAUGUAUUGAUCUGCAGAAAUAAAACUCAAGUAGCACAACUGUGAGUCUAUCCGAUCUGACCAUGAAACUGGAAAAUUGGAAUUCAGAAAUGUUGGGGGAAUGGCAUACAUUAAAUACUGCACAAAAUCAUGUUUCAUGUCUGAUAUUUCUAACAAAGACCUUCAUAGAUUCUGUGCCUUGCUCUCUCAAGUUGUACCUUAAGCCAAAAGGGGCAAAUAUUUAAAGUUCUUGUCUGGUACUUUGACUCUAAAUCAGUUUGUUUGUGAUAAUCUGUUUGUCUUGGUGCUGUCAAAAUCAUAAGGGGUGGAGGAACAAAUUGUGAAGAGAGCUUUUAAGGUACUUCUUGAGCUCUUUGAGACAUUGGAGUCUGGUGGUUGUUUCCCUGAGGCAAACUGUUUCCUGUAAAGCUCAUUCUUUGCCACAGGAGUCUUGAAAUGUAAACUUAAGGUUCUCUUCCAAAAACUUCAGAAGAGUAUAUUCCUGCCUGUUAAUAUUGACAUUGCUUUUUGUCUCCUGUUGGCCUUAUGGAUGUUCUUGGCCUUUGAACUUUACAAAAAGAACUUUUAUUUCCGUGAUGACUUAAUCUUCAUCCUUGCCUUAUAGGAGCUGAUGCUUUGUGCCAAGUAAUAGAGAAUUAUUUCUGUUGUUCUUGGGUUUGAACAGAGUAUUGAACACCAGUUUAUUUCAUCUUUUGUGUCAUACCUAAAAAUCCCUAUUUAGAGUUUGGGAGGAGGCAUUCUUGACUUCCUGCAGAAGCAAUAAUUUUUAAAUUUCUUCCUUAGGGUGGAAACCCUCAUGAAUUUAGAAGAUUUUGAGACUUCUCUUUCCAAUUUGUUAUUAUCUGCUUUGGCAUAAGAUCAUUCUCGUUUGCCUGGACAACUGCUUUUGAGUUGCUUAAAAUUCUGCUUUUCAAAUCUUACUGCAUUUUGGCUCUUUGUAAUCUGGGGUCCAGUAAGCUGGAAGAUUAAGUUGUCUAAUCAUGUUUUCAUGAUUAUGGAAUCAGGAAGUUCAGAAGUGGAAAUGACUGAAGAACUUAUUAUAAUAUUCUUAUGCCUAAUAAAAAAUUUUGCUUAGGCUGUAGUUAUUUAUCGUGGUGAAUUACUAGAUUCCACAAAAAGAAGGCUUUGUCCAUGUUAGAUGGAUUUGAACUGAAUGAUUCAUAGAGACUGUGGUUAGGGUUUUUAUUCUGUUUUCUUAAGGCCCCUCUGCCUUGUCAGAAUGCUUUCAAGACUUGCAGUAGAUGAUUUCAAGACUCUUUGGCUCUAAAUGUAUGUUCAGGUUAUGUGCCAGGAUUUGUUAUCAAAGCCAGGACUUUACUUUUACUAAGUAAUUAUAUACAACUUCCAAGUGCAAACGGAAUGCAGAGCAGCUGAAAUUAAUUUUCAGGUUUUGCUCUUACCUGGACAUUUUCUCCUUGUGGCUAGUUUAAAAAUAAAUAAAUAAAUAGAUUUCUCAUGUAAAUUAUUCAGGAAGAUGGCACUUUACAAAUACUGCCUUUUGGGUGAUCCCAUGCUCAAACUUAGGAACAAUCAAGUUUAUUGUGCAAAGAAAAUGCAUAGGCUAUGUUGUUACAAUAUGCUGAAAGUAAGUGAUAUAUGUUGGGAUAAUGUAUUUGAAAAUUCGGUAGCUAUUAAGCAUUUGAUAUCUUUCCUAAAUACUUAGUUUCUUUGAAAAUUUUAGUUGUGUUAAUAGAAUUGCAUUAUCCAGAAUUCUAGUAAGUAGCGUGUACAAAGUAAUAAGAUACAAGUAAUAAGACUUCUGUAAAAAGGGUUAAAGUACAUCUCCAGGCCUUUUGUUCCACGCAAGUAUCCAAGUAACUGCACCUGAAGUGGUUUUGUCAAGGGCAAAAUUUGAUGUUGGAGGGAAGGGAGCCAUUCUCAUGGCUGCACUGAACUGAAAAUAAUGUAGGUUGCUGCCAAAAUACGGGAUCCUGUCUCUUCCCUUUUUUCUAGCACAAGCCCUUCUGGUUGCACAGUCGGCUUGAUCAGGGAGCUGGUGCAGCUGAAACCUGACAUUUUUGCUUGGUUGCUUCUCUGCUGGAUUGGUUGCCUGAUAGUAAUCCUGGAGGUACACGAGUAUUUAUAUAUAAGCAAGAAGAAAAGAUGCCGGGAAUACGUGCAUCAAGGCAACUACACCCCUUUCAACUGCACUUUUGGUGGUUGAAAAUGACAGUAGAUUACACUAUGUGUAAAAGAUGGGAGACCUUAUUGAAGGCCUUCCAGUUUUCAGUACUAGAAGGAAACUGGGCCAUCUGGCAGCUCUGGCAUGCCAAACUGUUAAAGUAUUUAUGGGCUCUUUUGCCAGGUAUUGUGGUGAGAGGGAAAUAAUCAGUAUUCUCUAUUGAAAUGCUUUUUAUCUGUCUCAGCUUCUGUUUUUCCAAGCAGCGGAAGGUGGUACUGGUAAUGUAGAAAUAGGAAUUCUGAAAACAUAGUUUCUCUUGGAUCGAGGACUAAGAUUGCUUUCCUUAACAGCCCAGAAGCUGCAGCUUCUGUUUACGUGAACCCUUUAUGUAUUGAAGUAGGUCUUCCAGAGAUCUUCGCAAGAACUGCAUUGUAUUUCUAUCUAGGUGUGUGGGAGGGAGGGUUAUUCAGUUUCUCUGGGUUUAUUUUUCUGUUCUCAAAAAGUUGGCUAGCCAAUUUUUAGGUCAUACUUCGGUUUUGUUCCGUUUGUGACUCAGCCCUUUGGACCUGCAUUCUAGAAGGUGGGGAUCAGCAGGAUCAAUAGGCAGUCUUGUCCAUGUUGGUCAUUGCUGGCCUAAUGAUCUGUGUGGAAAAUUUUGGUAUUGAAGGGACUUGAACACCACCAAGUAGAGACAGUCAUGAUAUUUGUAUCAUUUACAGGCAUGCUGAGAGUUUGCAUGCAGGACACACUGUGUUCCGGUGGAUGGUAGUUUAAUGCCUGCAGGCUGUAGUACUUACUAGUCAUCUUGUUAAGCAAGUGCUUAGAUUAUUCCUUGGGCUGGGUAUAACAAUGUCCAACAAAAUUAAGGCUUUGGGGGGAAACUUAGGAGAGAUCCUUUGGAAAGAACAGGACUCUUCGAAGGACUGACAUCUGCUAUCGUCUGUUCAUUGUAUAUGACUUUCUCACACUGUUAGACGUGGAUUAUCUUUAGAUCACUAGAUUAGCUUGUGUUUGUUUGUUUUGGUUGUUGUUUUUUUUUGUUUGUUUGAUUGAUUGAUUGAUUUUUUCCCCUGUAGAUUGUUGUGAUGGAUCUCUGGGAGGGGGUAUGCCCUCUUCUCAUUGCUGUCCCCUUCUUUCACUGCUCCCUGAACUACUCUGUUUAGGAUCUGAUGAGCCUAGCUCUGUACACAUUAAGGAAUUUGGUGUACUUCUCAGAACUAAAAUAGAAGCAGUGCCUGAGUGUUUCUGGAGCAAACAUGCAAGGAGAAAGCAGCACAUCAAAGCAAUAUAUAGGGUGUCAUCGGAACCUGUUUAAUGGGACCUGAAACUCUUUAAGAUGAAUACAUUUUGAUACAACUCAUAUUUCAAGUGAGGUGUUUGAAUAUAGCUCACAUUCAGCUAGCAAGUGCCUUUCUGUCAGUGAAACGGAACUGCUAUUAGCAUCUACAACUGUCGGUUCCCCUUCUGUGAAUGAUGGAUGAGGAGUCCUGGGCUGCAGCUGCAAGUAGGCUUCUGUCUGCCUCUUAGAGAAGUUCUUUUGAUGUUGACAAGAAGAAAGUCAACGACUCCUUUUUCAGGUUUAAAAAGAAAAAAAAAUGUGCUACCUAGUUUUAAAUCUAAGACAUUUGCUCUUGAUCUCUUGCUAUGUGUCCUGUCACUUUUAUUUUGGGUACCUGCAAAUACUUUAUUUUUAUCUGUCUCGAGACUGGCAAACUUGUUAUGUGAGUGCCAGAAAUGACAACUCCUUCCCUUCUUACGCUUGAAACUUUUUUUUUUUUUUUUUUGCAGAAUCGGAGCAUCUAAGGUGUAGCUGUAUAAUUUGAUAGCUCAUCAGUAUUCAUUUUUUUCUCCUUAUUUAUUGUGGUUAAUGUUUAAGGUCAGGCACGAUCAUACAGCACAAUGCGGUUGUCAUUUCUUCAUUCCCCACACAAGAAUGUUAUACAAUUUGAUAUACUUGGGGGGUGGGGGUUGCUGAGUCCUGACUGUUCUGGGAGAAAUUGGUAUUCCUGGAUGUUUUCGUUAGUCUCAAAGCUUUCUGUAUUUCAUUCACUGUUGUUGCAUCUCAUGGCACUUAGUAUUUCUGAAUCUCUGGAUUGUAGUUUUGCUGUACGCAACAAAGAUAUUGGGAAAUUAUGGUCAAGGACGUUGAUCUUUGUCUGUGACUUCUUAUGUUGAUUAUAAAUGUUGAAGAAUGUAUCUUGCAUUGUAAUGAACAGCUUAAAAAAAUCAGUCCGUGGUGAUGGGAAUACUGUAACAGGGUAGGAAUUUCAGCUCUCAAACUUGAGGCAAGAAGCCAAGCCAAAACUAUCUUGUGUUCUCACGCAGGUGAUUCCUCCUCUUUGUUUCUUAGAUUCAUCAUUACCUUUGUUUUGUUUAUUUAGAUUGUAAGUUCUUUGUGGCAAGGGUUGUCUUUUGUGUGUGUGUGUGCGUGUGUACCCAGGCCGGUAAGGCCUGGAGCCCCAAUCUGUGGAAGCUGUAAUAAGCAAUCACCUUGUUAUCGUUUUCCUGGAUAUCAUAAUAAAAAGUAUCUAAUUAAAA